GCUGUGCUGUGGCUGCUCCACGCUACUUUUUAUUCCCAGGAUGCAGAAUAGUCAUAAAUUGUAGCUCCUCUGCUUGGAAAGGCUGUGAUCAUAAUAAAGACGUCACCCUCUCCAGCUCGGGUUGGCUCAACCAAGCCAAGUGCGCAGCUAUUUGCGAGCGACCACAACAACAACCUCGAGCAGCAUGCCCAUGGAUCACGCUGGGAUUUCUCUGAGAUCCCCACGCCGCUUGGAGACGACAUUUGCGUCAGAUCCACUGCAAAGACACCCUUAGAUCGCUCUGGAUCCCCCCCACCCUCCCAAAAAAAAGAGCACGGACGGAUUUGAUAGCGUCGCAUGCUGCUGUCGCAACCAACGGGACGCAAGACGUGGAUUUGAAGAAUCAUGGAGGACGCAGUCUCUGCAGCCUCAGCAGCCUCAGCCUCUGGCGCCACCGUUGCACCAUCAGCUCCAAGACCUCAGCUUUGCUCCUUUGCCCCUACCCGCAGCCUGUUGGAGUGGAGACGCAGGGUUAAGUCAGAGUACAUGCGCCUCCGCCAAUUAAAGCGCCUUAAAAAAGCAGAUGAGGUCAAGGCCCUGUUCAUGUCCAACCGCCAAAAGAUUGACCAGCAGACAAAUCUCCUGAACACAGAGUGGUCCAAGCUUAGGAUUCAGACCAUCCCUCUGUCAGUUCCUGGUGGAGCUUUGGCCAAUAAGAAGAUGUGUACUGUGGAGUUCGGCUUCCCAGAAUUCAAAGCUCAAGCCAUUGCCAUGAGACCGCUGUCAACCGUGGCGGGGAUUCCCUUCAUGUACUCUUGGUCACCUCUGCAGCACAACUUCAUGGUGGAGGAUGAGACGUUCCUCCACAACAUCCCCUACAUGGGUGAUGAGGUGUUGGAACAGGAUGAAGCCUUCCUGGAGGAGCUCAUUGACAACUAUGAUGGUGUCCAUGGCGAUAGAGAGGGGGGCUUCAUCAGUGACGAGAUCUUUAAAGAGCUAGUGGAUGCCUUGAGCCAGUAUUCUGACCAUGAGGAGGAAGAAGAGGAGGAAGCAGCAGCAGCUGCAGCAGCAGCGGCAGCAACAGCAGCAGCAACAGCGGCGGAGGCUGCAGGCAAGAAAGAGGAAGAGAGGAUGAUGAGGAGGAGCUCGGUGGAGGGUUCAGAAGAGACUAAAAGUGGAGCAUUCAUCAGGAGGAAAAGGAAAAGUACAACCGAGGUGAGAGAUUUGACCAACAGUAAGAGGAUCCCCAGCGAUAAGAUAUUUACAGCCAUCGCGUCAAUGUUCCCCUACAAAGGCACCACAGAGGAGCUGAAGGAAAAGUACAAGGACCUACUGGAGCCCCCCAGCCCGGUGAAGCUGCCUCCGCUCUGCACCCCCAACCUGGACGGACCUUUUGCAAAGUCUGUGCAAAGGGAGCAGUCGCUGCACUCCUUCCACACGCUCUUCUGCCGACGGUGUUUCAAAUACGACUGUUUCCUCCACCCUUUUCGAGCUACACCCAAUGUUUACAAGAGGAAAAGUAAGGAGAUCCGCAUGGAGACUGAACCAUGCGGUGUGGACUGCUUCCUGUUAGAGAAAGGGGCUAAGGAAUUUGUGGAUCAGAAUAUGUUAAGGUCACAGAAGUCUCGCAGGCGGCGGCGGCAGCAGCGUCACAUCAGCUCCAGUUGUCCUGGACCAUCUGGGUCAGCCGAAGAAGCCAAGGAGGGUGACAGUGAUCAUGAAACCACAUCCUCCUCAGAAGAGAAUUCUCGGUGUCAGACACCCACCAAGCUGCGUCCAGCAGAUGAUGACGGCGAGCAGCAGCAGGCGUGCAGCGUGGCCCAGUGGAGUGGGGCCGAGGAGUCUCUCUUCAGGGUGCUGCACGGCACAUACUUCAACAAUUUCUGCUCCAUCGCUCGCCUGAUUGGUACCAAGAACUGCAAGCAGGUGUACGAGUUUGCUGUGAAAGAGGUUCUGAUCCAUCGCAUUCCUUUGGAGGACGGAGGCAUUUUGCCCCAAAAGAAGAAAAGGAAACAUAGGUUAUGGGCAAAGAUCCAGCUAAAGAAAGAUAACUCGUCCAAUCAGGUGUACAACUAUCAGCCAUGUGACCACCCGGACCACCCGUGCGACAGCUCCUGCCCAUGUGUCAUGACGCAGAAUUUCUGUGAGAAGUUCUGCCAGUGUGAGCACGAGUGCCAGAACCGGUUCCCGGGCUGCAGGUGUAAGACUCAGUGUAACACGAAACAGUGUCCCUGCUACCUGGCUGUGAGGGAGUGUGACCCAGAUCUGUGCAUGACCUGUGGUGCUGCAGACCACUGGGACAGCAAAGUGGUGUCCUGCAAGAACUGCAGUAUCCAGAGAGGCCUGAAAAGGCACCUGCUGCUGGCUCCAUCAGAUGUUGCCGGGUGGGGUACCUUCAUCAAAGAAUCUGUCCAGAAGAACGAGUUCAUCUCCGAAUACUGCGGCGAGCUGAUCUCUCAGGAUGAAGCCGACCGACGUGGAAGGAUCUAUGACAAAUACAUGUCUAGCUUCCUUUUUAAUUUGAACAAUGUAGACUUUGUAGUGGACGCAACGCGGAAGGGGAACAAAAUCCGCUUCGCAAAUCACUCAGUCAAUCCCAACUGCUAUGCUAAAGUGGUGAUGGUGAACGGAGACCAUCGUAUUGGCAUCUUUGCCAAGCGAGCGAUCCUGCAAGGAGAAGAGCUCUUCUUUGACUACAGGUAGAGUCACGGGGCCUUUUCGUGACUCUCCAUCAGUUUGAAAAUACAGUCAAGCCGAUGCCCUUAAGUACGUGGGAAUAGAGCGGGAGGUGGACCUGACUUAGCUUUGGGAACCAUCUCCCUCUGCACCCUUCCAUGACCUUCUCAAACCACCCACUCAAGCUUUUAUUCCUCUGCUGUCACAUCUUGCUGACAAGUGUCUCUCAACGGUCACUGUCUCUACCAUCUUUUCUACACUUCCUGCUGUUUGUAGGUGGUCCUGCUGUACAAGCAUCACGCCACCUCCAUCCGUGACAGCGAUCAGCCUCCCUCUCAUCCAUCUAUGUACAAGACUCUAUACGCCGAGCUUACUAAACUAUUGAAAAUGGAAAUAUUGCUAAUUCAUAUUGCUUUCCGCACAAAAGAAAAUCAUGCUUUUGUUUUGUUUUUGUUUCUUGUCAAAGGAAAGAUGCCACAAUUACUCAUUAUAUAGCGUGUUACUCUCAGUAGUCUUAUUUCUGAACUUGUAGACCGGCUUUAGUUUGACAUCUCGGUAAGUUAUGCAAGCUUAUACAGCAUAUCUAAUGAUGAUCCGUCAAAUGCAUGCUCUGUCUUUUCUCAAACCAUUCACAAACGUGUGAUUAGCUUCAGUCAGACAGGCGCUGCUCCUGUUGCAGUAUCGUAACUGGAGGUAUGCUGGGCUGCAUGUUGUGUUUCUCUGUCAACCAUUUCAGCAGUCAGUGCCACAUCUCUGUGGUUGAAAUAAUAAUAAUAAUUAAGCAUCUUUAUCAUUGUUUUACAAAAGAAAAAAAAGGCAAACUAGAUGAGAAACCGACUGACUGAAUGUAACGUGUAGAAGACUCACGCUUCUUUUCGUCCUACACUUUAUUUUAUCGAUGGUACUCGGAGCAAAGUACACAAAACAGUUGACGUGUUUACGUGAUUGCACCUUUUUUUUGGAAAAUAAUUGAUGAAUAAAAUAGUCACAGAUUAAUCGUCUUCCUUUUAAAAAGAAGGAAAAAGUGCCAAAUUAUUCCUGUCAAGAGAGGUGGUCUUGUCAAGAGUAUGACAAUGACAGAAGUAAAAAUUAUCAGUGUUUGACCAAAUGUUUUGGUCUCCUACACGUGAAUGUUAAAACACCGUUUCUCAUGUUUUCUUUAUUUGUUCAUUUUGACAUUUAUUACAUCCUCCGUACUACAUCUGUUGAUCUUCACAUUUAAAGCCCAAUUUUAAAUGAGAUCUUUCUCAGUAGAGCAGAAAACGAUGGAUUUCAAUGCUGUUUAUAGUGUAUGCCUAUAAAAAUAAAAGUUUAACUUUAUACAUUAGAAAUGUUCUCCCUGUCCUCAUGUGUGUUAACUGCGUCAGACUGCAACAUUACGAGCUCCUGAUGUAAAACGACAUGCCGAUAAGUUCAUUCAAGCUUCUUUUAUUGAGAUGACAGUUUGGCUUUGCCUUGGUUUUACACAGUCAUGGUCAUUUACAGUGAAAUUAUUACAAAACAAACAACAGAAAUCCUCCCAAAAUAAA